AUGUUCUGGAUCAAGAACCUGGGGCUGGGGCUGAGGCUGAGGCUAGACCUGGAGAAACUCAAGCGAAAGAUGGGUGACUUCGUGGUCUCCUCGGUCUGCAACUUUCUCCUCUACGUGGCCCUGUGGCUCGUCACACCAUAUAUUUUAAAGAAGUUGGAUAGCACAUGA